AUGGAACAAGUCAGGGCAACAAGUAUUGUUAAGGUUCUAGGUACACAAGCAAGUCCAUUUGCAAAUAGAGUUUUAAUUGCUCUUAAUGUCAAGUCUGUGGAUUAUGAAUUUAUUCAAGAAGACAUGUCUAAUAAAAGUGAACUUCUUCUUAAAUCCAACCCUGUUCAUAAGAAAAUCCCAGUACUCAUUCAUGGUGACAACACUAUUUGUGAGUCCUUAGUCAUCGUCCAAUACAUCGAUGAGACGUGGACUAAUGGACCCUCGAUUCUUCCUUCUAACCCCCUUGAUCGUGCCAUCGCUAGGUUUUGGGUUGCCUACAUAGAUGACAAGUGGUUACCUUUGAUGUCUGACCUUGGAAAAGCACAAGGAGAAGAAGCAAAAUUAGAAGUACAAGAGAAAUUACAAGAAGCAUUGGUGCCUUUAGAAGAGGCAUUUGUUAAGUGUAGCAAAGGGAAAUCUUUUUUUGGUGGUGACAAUAUUGGUUACAUAGACAUUACUUUAGGGUGUAUUUUGGGUUGGAUAAAAGCAAUAAAAAUUAUGUUAGGAAUUGAAAUAUUUAAUGUAACAAAGACCCCUGGAUUGGUUAAUUGGGGUGAUAGGUUCUUGGAAGACAAAUUUGUUAAAGGUGCUAUGUUGGAGCCAGAGAAACUUGUUGAGAUACUAAAGCUACAUUUGGCCAAAAGAGAGGCUAAUAAUGCAAACUAA